AUGGCGUCUGAAAUCGAGGCACCCGAUCUGUCCUCGAAGCCUCUCGAAUUUCUGUGUGCUGUUCUAGGAAGAUCAGAUGAGGAACAGCCCGGGACUAAGUCUCUGUCAGCUCUUGUCUCGCCCGAUCCCUCGCGUCCCUACGUUACCUUGACCUUCGCCCAAUCUCUCGAUGCUAAAAUCGCUGGACGAGCUGGACUGCAGCUCAUCUUGAGCGGGGACGAAAGUAUGAAAAUGACUCACUGGAUGAGGACUAUGCAUGACGGGAUUCUCAUUGGGAUCGGCACGGCUCUCAAUGACAACCCACAACUCAAUGUACGCCACCUUCCCUUCCCGAAGCAAGGGGGUCAUCUGGAAUACUAUCACCAUCCACGACCGCUCAUCUUGGAUCCUCAUCUGCGCCUGUCUCCAAAGUGCAAGCUUAUCAAGAAUGCCUCUCUGAAGGCAGGAGUAAUGCCUUGGGUCAUAUCUGCUCGCCCGUACCCAGACGUGGUACAAGUCGAAGGUCAAGAUCGCGUUGCAGACUGGGAGUCGCGAAAAGCGGCUAUUGAGGACGCCGGUGCGAAGAUCUUACUCGUCGACGUCGAGCUACCUGCGAGCUCGCGAACAUCGUCUUACUUGCCGAUCAAGGCCGUUCUUGAGGCCAUUCGCGCGGAAGGAAUCCAAUCCGUGAUGGUCGAGGGCGGAGCCCGAAUUAUACUUUCCUUCCUGUCAGCGGCGACACAGGACGAGCUUGUUGAUUCCCUGAUCGUUACGGUGGCACCCGUGAUCGUGGGAGCUCAUGGGGUUGGGUAUAGCGAACUCCUUGACGAUAUACCCGCUCUACAACAUGUUCGCACAGAGGCAUUAGGUAAAGAUGUAGUCAUGGGCAUGAAAGUCGUGAAGAGCAUUCUACAAAACAAAGCGACGGGACAACAUUACGAUUAA